AUGAAGACACCCGAGGCCAAGGAUGGAGUGGAGUGGGGGCUGAUUUUUCCUGAUGCUAACGGGGAGUACCAGUCGCCCAUUAACCUGAACUCGAGAGAAGCUAAAUACGACCCCUCGCUCCUGGAAGUGCGUUUGUCGCCCAACUACGUCGUGUGUCGCGACUGCGAAGUGAUCAACGACGGGCAUUCAAUUCAGAUUGCCCUGAAGUCAAAAUCAGUGUUAAUAGGGGGGCCGUUACCUCGAGGACAUGAGUUUGAACUACAUGAUGUUCGAUUUCACUGGGGGAGAGAAAACCAGCGUGGCUCUGAACACACGGUUAAUUUUAAGGCCUUUCCCAUGGAGCUUCAUCUAAUGCACUGGAACUCCACACUGUACAGCAGCAUUGAUGAGGCAGUAGGGAAGAAGCACGGCAUAGCUAUUAUUGCUUUGUUUGUGCAGAUAGGAAAAGAGCAUGUAGGCCUAAAGGCUGUAACUGAAAUUCUCCAGGACAUCCAGUACAAGGGAAAGUCCAAAACAAUACCCUGUUUUAAUCCCAACUCUUUAUUGCCAGAUCCUCUACUGCGUGACUACUGGGUGUAUGAGGGCUCUCUAACCAUUCCACCCUGCAGUGAAGGUGUCACCUGGAUAUUAUUUCGCUAUCCUUUGACUGUGUCCCAAGUGCAGAUAGAGGAAUUCCGUAGACUGAGGACACAUGUUAAAGGUGCAGAACUUUUAGAGGGCUGUGAUGGAAUCCUGGGAGAUAACUUCAGACCAACUCAGCCACUUAGUGAUAGAGUCAUCAGGGCUGCAUUUCAGUAG